AACUUAUAAAAAGGUUCACAAGUGUAACGUAGGAUUUGGUGGCUUAAACCUGUAAAAAGACCAUGGCGCACAUAUUGAAGUAUUUCGCAGUGCUUUUGAGCUUUGCGGUACUUUCAGAAGCUUUCACUCUGGAUUUUGACCACAUGGAAAAAACAAUUAGAGAAAAACGUGAUCUGACAUAUAAUUAUCCAGCACCUGAACAAUGCGGGAAAACAACACCUAAAGAGAAUCAGCUGUGCUUAUAUGGAACACCGAAAAAACCAACCCAAUUAGCGAUGGUUAAUACCACAUCUAAUACCGCUAUUAUUAUGGAAGCUAGGGCAAGACAAGUUGUUUUUGUCGAUAAAAACUAUACGAUUAUCUUGGAUGGCCAAAGAAGUAAAGGAUCCUAUACGGCUAAUACUCCACCAGUUGAUUCUGAAAAAAUGCAGGAAUUUGCCAGUGGUUAUAAUAUUAGCCUUAAUUAUUGCCUUAACGAACAUAAUGCUGUGGAUCUUAAGGAUUUCGGACCCAAGACAAUGGCAUUGGAAUCUGGUAGUACAAAAAUUGAGAAUGCUGUAAAAUACAUUACAAAAACUUUUGGAAUCAACUUUUAUUACUAUAUCACCGGCUUCAUAAAAGGAGAAGAUAAUUCAGUUGUUAUGGGCGUCGUGAAUGCGUUUAGGAAUCUGAUAAACGAGAGGCUGAAAUUUUUGAUUCCCAUUUUUCCAUUUGUCACAAAGGGUUGGCUGCUGCUGAAGGGUGGCGCCCUGGACGUAUUUACAAUUAUUAAAGGAAUUGCAGAUUUCGUCAGCAAAAUGCCUUACAAAAAAUUAAUACUACUCCCUAUAAUUAUACCUCUAACAGUGCUAGUGGUAUCCCUCAAUGGUUUAUUUUCUUUUGUCGUCAUCCUCUAUGAGAUGGCUAAGAAAGUACUCUUACAAGAUAUCCUAGGUUGGCUGAUCAACAAGGUGAUUUCGGUUUUUAAAUACUUGGCAGGAAUGGGCGGCUGGUCAGUGUUCGGCGGUAGAGGUGUCUUUACUAUUCUCUAUAAGAUUGUCGAGAUACUGUACAGCGAGAAUAUUUCCGAAGUUAUUGGUUCUGGAGUUAGAUACAUCACAGAACUUGUAUUGAAGUUUUUCGGAUACAAAACUGAAAACGGUAACAAGAUGGAACUCAAGGUCACUGAGGAUUCCCAAUUUCUUUUCGACCUUUUCAGUGAAAACGGCAAGAAGGACCCGACGAAAACCAUAAAACCCCUAAUAGACUUCGCGUUAGGAAUGCUGGGUAAAAAGUUGAUGACCGUGAAAAGCAUAAACAUUAAAGGCUUCGUCAAUAUACUUUGCAAUCAGUCGAUCGAGAACGGUCUGGAAAUGGCGGGAAAAAUUAUAAAACUAUUCGCUCCUUUGAAUUUAGAUAAUAUUAUCAAGCCAGCAUUAGCCGGUCACUUCAAAGGAGCCAUGCAUUUGCUGCUAGCAGAUGUUGAUCCAGCCUACGUCGAGGCGAUCCUACCUGGAAUAUCUUUACCUCCUGGCACAACAUUACAAACGCAUAAUGAUACUCGAGCACUGUUUCGUUUGCCCACUGAAGAAAUAAUCCGAAGAAUUCCACAACUACAUGCUAUAUCUAAUGUAUUAGACAAAACGGCCCUAGAGAAUUACAAUACGACCCUGUCAAAAGAAAUGAAGAAAGACCGCAACUUCGACAGAGAAAUCAGAUUGGCUAUUAGAGCGCAUCUUACGUGAAGAACACAGACACUGACAUUUCUGACAAUGACUAUAGAGAAUAAUGAUAAGGAGAAUUAUUCCUGAUCUUGUACAAUA